GAAAAUUGUAAAAGCAAUUAAUGCCGACGAAAACAAUUUGGGAAAAAUCAUGGCAGAUGUUCUCCGGUUAAUAUUUCGCUCUUAUAUGUAUCUCAAACCUAUUAUCAUAUGACACAUGCCCGCGCAUUGCGCAGGCUACCUUCCUAGUUCUAGUAACAUGCAAAUAACAAAGGGAUAUCAGAAUCCACUUCCCUCUCGUCGACCGAGUAAGUGAGCAGCUGCAUAUAGCUGAUCCCUUGCACCCGCUAACGUCAUAGGAAGCUAGCUAGUGAAGCACCAGAAAGAAAGAAAGAAAGACCAUGGAAACGGCCAUCCAACGAAGGCUCGAGCAAAACGACGGCGAGAGCAGCUCCUUCACCAUCUUCCGUGUUCCCGCGCAGGUCCGCCACGAAAACAGGCAGCACUACGAGCCCCGGCUGGUGUCCAUCGGCCCAUACUACCGCGGCCGGGACGAGCUCCGCGCCAUGGAGCAGCACAAGUGGCGCCUCCUCCGCCAUUUCCUCCAGCGAGCGGCGACCGUCCCGCUCUCCGACUUCAUGCGGGCGGUUCGGGCCGUCGAGCAGCGCGCUCGCUGCUGCUACAGCGAGAGGACAGCCAUCUUCGACGACGACGACGACGACGACGGCUUCGCGGAGAUGCUACUCCUCGACGGCUGCUUCAUCCUCGAGUUCUUCUUCAAGUUAAACUGUAGGGAGCCCGACGCGCUGUGCGACGUCGGCUGGGGCCUCCCGCUGCUGCACUCGGACCUCCUCCUCCUCGAGAACCAGAUCCCCUUCUUCGUCGUCGAGACCCUCUUCCACGCCUUCUUCAGAGGCGCCGUGGCCCAAGACAUGCUCGUCGCGCUCCUCCUCCUGCAACUCAGGCCCAACGGCAUCGUGUUCCCGAAGCUGCCGUCAUCAUGUCCGGCUCCGGCGCCGACCGGGAAGAUCAACCACCUCCUCCACCUCUAUCACGAGGGCUUCGUGCCCAAGCCUCACGCCCCGCUGGCGACGGCGCCAAGCCGCCAGGAGGGCGCCUCUCGUCGGCUGCCACUGGUGAUACCUUGCGUGACCAUGCUGCGCGAGGCGGGCGUCAGGUUCGUGAACAAACGGUCGCCGCGAGACAUGUUCGACAUAACGUUCGACAGCAACAAGGGCGUGCUGGAGUUGCCGCCCGUGGCGAUCGACCAAGCCAGCCUCCCGCUGCUGGUGAACCUCGUCGCCUUCGAGCAGAGCAGGGGGCACACCGGCGGCGCCGCCGCCGCGCCGCUGACGAGCUACACGGUGCUUCUGUCGUCGCUCGUCAGGACAGGGGACGACGUGGACGAGCUGCACAGGGCCGGCAUAGUCGACAACAUGCUCUCCAACAACGACGACGCAGCGUCCGGCUUCUUCCAGCGUCUCGGCGACUGCAGCACGAUGAACUACGAUGACCACCUGUUCGGCGCGCUCUUCGCCGGCGUGAAGCGGUACCACGACGCGAGCUGGCACAGGCACAAAGCCAGGUUUCUGCGCGACCACUGCAGCAAUCCAUGGUCUGUCAUCGCCUUGGGGCUCGCCGUGCUGGCAUUUGUCUUUUCCCUAUUCAACCAAUUAGUUGUUAUCCACAGUCUAAUCCACCAUAAUGGAUAGUGGAUAGUGAUAGUGUACUGCAUGAUAAAUUAAGGAGUACUAGUAUUAACUAUUAUAAAUUUGAGAGAUGGAUUUGUUUGAUA